UUUUAAUUUGACCAAAUUACUGUUUUACUGUACUUUAACCAUUUGAAACACUGAGUCCUCUGCUCUGUGAAAAGUGCUACUGUGAAUUAAAUGUACUGUACAGAAUUCCACGUUAAAGCGUGACUGUCACUUUAAAUGAGCACACGUGUUUAUUUGGAACCCGGAUAUCCGCCUCAUAAUUGACACAUUCUUCAACACAAAUUUUAUAGCGCUUCACAAUGUAUUUUUACGCAUUUUAAUCAACACAAAGACAAUUCAUAUUAAUUAAAUGAUCGUAGGGUUUAGACUACGUUGAAUUAUGCCCUUUAAUUCGUAUAGUUUGAGAAAAGGGGGAUAAAGAAAUAAACCUGGCAACACAAGCUGCUAUUUUCCGCGGCGGGAAAAUCUUUAAAAAAAUACGGAAGUGUUUCGUUUUCCAGCUCGGGUACGUCCUUCUUGUUCGCUAUAACUGCUUGUUUUCCCCCUCAAACUCGUAUUAAAUUCGUCUAAUAAGUCAUGUUAAACUUCCCUGAACAUGUCCCGAAGUUUAUCUCAUAGUUUAGACUAAAGCUCUCGGUUCUAUUAUGGACCGCUACAACGAGGUAAAAGUCCUGUUGAAAAGCUGGGAGCAAGGUUUUGUCAAAGAGAACCAAAGGAAACCAGUCAAGGAGGACAUUGACAAAGCUUCUGAGGACACUAGGAAUUUAUACAAAGAAUACCAUAAUUUAAAACUAGCCAAAGAGAAAAGUGGCAGCAGCAGUUGUAACAAUGCAACCAGAAUUAACACCAAAUCGUCUGAAUCUGCACCUCUGAAGGACUGCUGGGGUUCUCACCUGAAUCGCAGUGUUUUACCGGCUUCUUCGCCCAAGCCCCUUAGUGCCUUGGACAGAGAUUCUCUCAAGGCUUCUGCGCAAUAUUACGGCCUGAAACUAAAAAACAACCUGGCGACACUGACUAGCAAGGAGAAACCAUUCUCGUUGAAAAAAUCUGGACGUGUGCCUGUGAACUUUUUAAAAAAAGAUGCUCAAAGUGUACAGAAGAAUAACGCUGUCCCCACAUCCUUUGAUGCAGAAUCCAGCCCCUUAUCACCAAGGCGGGUGAAGCCGUGCUUGGAAGUUGUGGUGUCUGAUAAGCUCCACCCUGUGGACGCUCAAGAACCUUCUGAGCUAUUUCCACCAGUUCAAGAAACGUCCAAAGAUUCUGUUAGUUCUCAUGGGACUCAGGUGCCUAUCUCCAGUGGCGAUUUAGAAAAAGACUCAGGGACUUUACAUGGAGGCCUUAGUCCUGCGAGUCGAGUGCUUCAAAUUCCUGCCACCGCAGGAAGACCUUCACCCGCCAACCGACUGAGCUUUGUGGACAGGAAGUGGCUGGAGAGGUGUCAAGUUUUUGAUGAGCUGGGAGCUGAAGAGAAGCCCGGUGCAGGAAACCAGGAGGGGUGUCGGCUAACGGAGACGGAUGUGAAACAAGUAGACAAAAAAGAUGCAAUGACAAAUAUUCCGCUGAAUGUCGCUCCACAUUCCCAGCAAAAGAAGGAAAGUUCUGAAGACACGGCGCCACCGAAAGAGGCCAGUGAGAGCCCUCCAAAGAAAAGCAAGAAGAAGAGGCAGCGGGAAGGAGGGGCAAUGGAAGAAGGGGGAGCCCAGAAGAAGAGGAGAAGAAAGAAGAACGAGGAAGGGGAUGAAAAGAACAUUGAGGAGAAAGCCGAAGGAGAUGGGAAGAAGAGACGCAGAAAAAAGGGAAAAGAGGAUACCGAGGUGGAGGAAGACAAAGCAACUAAGGUGCCAAAGAAGGUUCCUCAGGAGAACCUGCUUGGAGAAGUUGAAGAAGACUUUGGCACCAGGAGAUCAUAUCAAGCGCAGUCAGUCCGAGCCAGGGGCUCCAAGGUUGCAGAGGGUAACUUUGUGAAGAUCAAUCUGAAAAAGAAAUCUCACGUCAAAGGAUAUGCCUUAAGAGGAAUGGCCCUGCGCAAACAAUUGUACAUGCAGAAGUUCCAGUUGAAAGGCGAACGUUUUGGUGGCGGCGGUGGGUUUUUGGGUAGAGGACGGCGUGGCGGCUUUCGUGGCGGCCAUAGCCGCCAGGGGGACACUUGCUACAAGUGCGGCGCCACAGGACACUGGGCCAUCCACUGCAAGGGACCAGCACCUCCGCCUUCUACUUGUGAGGAGCAGCCCGUUGAGGAAGAGGAGCCCUUCGAGCUACCCACCCUGGAGGAGGUUGCCAGGGCGACAGGAACUCUGCAACCUCAGGACCAAGGCGCUUCUUUCAAAGAAGAGCGAGAACCUGAGAACAGCAGCAAAGACGAAGCUCUGCUCAACGUGAUCCGCCCCGACUACGAGCGUCCAACACCUCCGCCACCCAUCGAGCCGCUUUACCGCCUCGCAGACGAUGGCAAACUUCAGGCAACACCUGCCGACGUCUUCGAUGCUCUUCGAGAACUUGGCUACAGCUCGUUCAGGGCGGGGCAGGAGGAAGCCAUCAUGAGGAUCCUGUCAGGUCUCUCCACCCUGGUGGUGUUGUCAACAGGGAUGGGCAAGUCGCUUUGCUAUCAGCUGCCAGCUUACUUGUAUGCCAAGCGGUCCAAUUGCAUCACUUUAGUCAUCUCCCCGCUUGUCUCGCUCAUGGAUGACCAGCUCUCUAGCCUCCCAGCCAACCUGAAAGCAGCCUGCAUCCAUUCCAACAUGACAAUGAAACAACGAGAAGCUGCGAUACAAAAGGUAAAGGCAGGUCUAGUGUGUGUGCUGCUGCUCUCUCCCGAAGCACUGGUUGGCGGAGGUGCCGGCUCCAGUUCGGGAUGCCUUCCCUCUGCGCAGGAGCUCCCCCCAGUGGCCUUUGCGUGCAUCGACGAAGCCCACUGCGUGUCGGAAUGGUCCCACAACUUCCGCCCGUGCUACCUAAGGCUUUGUAAGGUGUUGAGGGAGCGUUUGGGCGUGCGGUGUUUGCUUGGACUCACAGCCACGGCCACAUUGUCUACAGCUCUGGACAUCGCUCACCACCUGGACAUCCACGACCAGGAUGGUAUCGCUGUCCGAUCCGCCGCCGUGCCCGCCAACCUGCACCUUUCCGUGUCCAUGGACCGGGAGAAGGAUCAGGCUCUAGUGUCCUUGUUAAAAGGCGAUCGCUUCGGAUGCCUGGACUCCAUCAUCGUUUACUGCACCAGGAGGGAGGAGACGGCUCGCGUGGCUGCGCUGCUAAGAACAUGCCUGCAGGGAGUACUCGUGAAAGAAAAUAAAGACAUCAGCAACAGCCAAACGCAAGUCAACCUAGUGGGACAAAAGAAGAAAGAACUUGCAAGGAAGAAGAUUCGUAAACCUCUCAAGUGGCAGGCCGAGCCAUAUCACGCAGGCCUCUCGGGGUCAGAACGCCGCCGAGUUCAAAACAACUUCAUGUGCGGCGAGCUGCGGAUUGUGGUGGCCACUGUGGCGUUUGGCAUGGGCCUAGACAAAUCUGACGUGCGGGGCAUCAUUCACUACAACAUGCCCAAGAGCUUUGAGAGUUACGUGCAAGAAAUCGGGAGAGCGGGAAGAGAUGGAGAACCAGCGCACUGUCACCUCUUCCUUGAGCCUGAAGGUAUGGACCUCCACGAGCUGCGACGUCACAUCUAUUCCGACACGGUGGACUACUACACGGUGAAAAGGCUGGUCCAGAAAGUAUUCCCGGCAUGCAAAUGCAAACAAAUCCACCAAAAACAAAAAGAGCUGAUCCAGGAGGACGUCGGUGAUGCUGAGCUGUUGGAGAUGAUGGAGACGCGCGAUCAGGAAAUCGGUCACGACACAUCCACCCGACAGGAGAUGAUACAUUCUACAGACAAUGGUCAUAAAACGGAAGAUUCGGAUGCCAACAAUGUCAGUGUGGAGGUUGUAUGUGACCAGGAAGUCGGAGGCUCUUCUGAUUGGCCCGCGGAGCGAGUGUGUCACACUCAUGAGAGAGCCGUCCCCAUCCAAGAGACGGUAGAAACUCUGGACAUCACAGAAGAAGGUAUUGAGACACUGCUAUGUUAUCUGGAGCUUCAUCCUCAGCGCUUUGUAGAGCUUCUCCACCCCACACUGUCUGUGUGCAAAGUCAGCUGCUAUGAAGGCCCCAGACAGCUUCGAAAGAUCACUAAAAUCUGCCCACCCGUGGCCGUAGUGCUAGCCCGUAGGCGGAUGGCCGGUGAGCGAGUGGAGUCGUAUGACCAGCUGGAGUUUGACGUGGUGGAGGUGGCCGACACGAUGGGAUGGCAGCUCCCAUUGGUCAAGAGGGGACUCAGGCAGCUGCAGUGGAGCACCGGUAAAGCUGGCGGGCGAAGUGGCGUCCUCGUCGAGUUCUCUUCUCUCGCCUUCUACUUCCGCUCCUAUGGUGACCUGAGCGACGAGGAACUGGACAAGGUGUGCCGGUUCCUGCAUAGGCGCGUUGAGGAUCGAGAGCGGUCGCAGCUUUACCAGCUGAGCGCUUGCUUCAGGGCCUUCAAAAGUGUGUCCUUCAAAAAUGUGCUGUCCUGCAUGGACGACUUGGAUGAGGGUCGCAGUCUCCGGCUGAAGGACCUUCUGUCCGACUACUUUGACAAGCGGCGGGAAAGAGACCUCACCCGAGAACCGAUGGAAGCGGAGGAUAGCCUGGACCGGUACAAGCUCUUGGAUUGGGAGAAUCAGAUCAGAGCAGACAUAAGGAGUUUCCUGUCCAUCAGAAGUGACGAGAAGUUCUCGGGCAGAGCCAUUGCCCGAAUCUUUCACGGCAUCGGAAGUCCGUGCUACCCCGCCCAAAUGUACGGCAGAGACCGACGCUACUGGCGAAAGUACAUCCAGUUUGACUUCAACCAGCUCAUUAAGCUGGCCACUCAAGCGAUCAUUGAAUAUAAGUGAAACACACCCUGUUUAUUUAUUUAAUGUCUCCAUAAUUCAAUGUGGUUCUUUGCAUAUGAAUAAAAGAUGUAUUUUUCUAAGAUCGCC